UGCCUUCGCUUCUGUUUUAUGAAAAUCAUCCAACAAGAACUUGAUCAAAUAAAAACAGAAUGGAAUAACCAUUACAACAGAGCACAAAGACGCUAUGAUGAUGAUGGAAGUCUCCCAGGAAAACCAGAAAUGAUGUUUUUCCACUCUCAAAUUUUUGGUGCAGUAGAUUAUAAAUUUCCAGUAGAUAUUCAUGACGUGCUAGAGUUUCAGAGAUUAUUUCCUAGUCCAAGCUCGACAGGAUGUUGUGGGGACAAUGUAGCAUACUUUGAUCAUUUGCUUUUGGAGGGUGGGAGAACUGUUCCAAACACCACUGAGAAGGCCAUGGAGGCUUUGAAGUACUUGGUUGAAAAGUUGUAAAAUCCAAAUUAAGAUUAGAGAAUAAAUCAUCACCUGAU